AUGGCCGCCGUCGCCUCGUCCUCCUCCUCUUCGCAUCCGCACGCGCCCCUCUUCUACCCCAUGCAGCCUGCCCCGCACCAGCCACCCCAGCCCUCCGCGGCCCAGUUCGCCCUCGCAGAGAUCAAGGGCCACGUCUGUCUCGUCCAGGCCCAGCUCACGCCCCAGGGCCAGGUCUCCGCCGCGCUCGCCGCCGCCGACGUGCACGUCUUCGCGCACGUCUUCAGCACCCAGUUCCGCUUCUCGCACGCCGCCGCCGUCCACCCCGCCGACCUCCGCAUCAUCGCGCCCGUCCCCGCCGCCCAGCUCCUCCACGAGGAGCACUCCGGCGUCGUCUUCCUCGCGCGCGAGCUCAACCUCCGCCUCCACCAGCUCCAGCGCCAGCGCCACCAGCAGCACCAGCACCAGUACCAGUAUCAGCACCAGCAGGGGCUCCGCCGCCCGCGCGCCGCCGGCCAGGUGCGUGCGCAGACGAGCGCGUGA